AUGGGAACUAGUUGCGCAAUAACAUUCAUUCAUAAAGGAAGAGCUUAUGUGCGUGAACGCGGGAGUGACGGAUACCCAUCAGGCGCUGGGCAAGAAAUUGUGAACGAAAUUCCUACCGAGAAUGAUGCCUACAAAGACAGGAUCAAGAAGCUAGAAGAAGAACUUGGCGAGCUUGGUGAAGAGGAUCUUGAACCUUACAUUCAGAGACCAAGCAGGAACUCUGGUCCGGAUCCGAACUACGAUUACUACUACUAUGUUGACCUCGAUUCUGAACGAUUUGGUGUCGCAGCUGCUCAGUUUCGUCUCUGGGACAUACCCCGAGGAGACGAUGGAGAGGAGUGGAUACAAUACAUAGAUGCUGACGGAUUCCAUAUUAGCGUCCUACGCCCUGACACUCCAAGGCAGUAUUGCUAUCGAAGCAUGCAUAAACCGUUGUCUGUCUCUGAGGACGGACUGGCCGCUUACCAGGCCGAAGCAAGUAGCAUUGACAUGAUUGAUGAGUCUACAUGGAUGAACUCCAGUGCCGGUCAUCCAAGCUUGGUCCUUGCAUCCGCUAUUACUCGCGGUCUCAUGAUGUACGACAACGGCAGAAUUUAUGCAGCGCGAGUAAAGAAGCAUCGUAAUGUCACUGCCAUUUUAUACCACAACUAUGCUGAAAUCCUCUUACGUGCUGCAUCUCCUUCUGGGUUUAUGCUUUCUUUUGCGCCCAGGAAGUCGGAUUUCCCGAGCUACCCUAGUAGAGAACCCACAUACACCCAUUAUCGGUACCGAGGCUGUGUAGUGUCAGUUGUGGAGGACUGUUCAACUCCGGAGCACCUACAUGCCGCCAUUGGGCUUGCCAUUCAACACGCACGAGAUGUAGGAAAAGACGCUUGUACCUUCAUCAUUUUCUCUAUUCAGCACAUUGCAGUAGCGGAAGUUAAAGGAGCUGUCUCGGGAACACUGCACGUCUCUCAAAGCAAUUUCCAACCAUACAUGGAUGCGUUUGGAUACGAAGGUCUCGAGAAGGGUCUCAGCCUUGCCGCUCAUUAUUUACACCCACAUUGCAUAGAUGGUGGAGCUAUCAAGUUCGUUUCAUCCGAAGCAAACACUAAAAAUCCGAAUUGCCCUCCACUGCCUCUCGACAUCCUUCUCCGCAUAAUGGAGUUAGUUGAUAUCAAGACGUAUGAUACACUCAGUCAGGUCUGCAAGGCUCUGCGAAAGGGAUGGUUUCAACAACCACGACUCUGCGAUUACAAGAUAGCCUCCUGCAGGUCAUUCGAAAUGGAGCCUUGCAAUUACCUCACAGGAGCGAUGCUACGCGGGCUGCGGAUAGACGGAAUGGUUACUUCUCUGCUCGUGUACUAUCCAGUGCAUCGUUUUCAUGACGAUGCUGAUCACAGGAAAUACGUCGAUUGGUACGACAAUUCCUGCUGCCCAUGCUCUCAUCUGUGUGUCGAAAAGAAAUGCGCAAAGCCUCUCCAACUACAGGCUGUUCCUGGAAGUAAAAACAUAUAUAAAUUUGAAGAUACGCGUAUGAUAUACGGAAGUCGUGGACAGAAGAAUUGUUAUGGGGAGUAUAUAUGUUCGUGGAACAAGUACAUGCCUGGCCUCUUCAUUAUGGACUCCGAUAAUGUUUGCGAGGUCUGCGCUAGAUAUUUUGAUAUGAAAGAAUCGUAG